CAGGGGAUGUUUUUUCUAAGCCUAUUCGUUCCCUCUGCCCUUUUCUAACCUUCCCCCACAGAGCACCUGGGUAGGAGUGAAGAUACUGUGCUCCCAGCAAGCUCCGCCUCCUGCCCUGAAGAAGAUGGUGGGUUUUUCUGCCUGUUCUGCUGGCUUUCUCCUCCCUCUCCUCCUCCUCCAGCUGCCCACAUGGUGCUCAGCAGCAUCUCAGUUUUCUGUGAAGGGACCGGCUGAACCCAUCAUGGCCCUGCUGGGGGCGGAUGCCACUCUGCCCUGCCAGCUGUCCCCUGAGCAGAGUGCAGCCCACAUGCACAUCCGGUGGUACCGAGCCCAGCUCUCCCCUGCUGUGCUUGUGCACCAGGACGGACAGGAACAUGAUGGAGAACAAAUGCCGGAGUACCGUGGCAGGGCGGAGCUGGUGGCGGACUCCAUGGACAAGGGGGCUGUGGCCCUGCUGAUACGCCACGUCCGUGCUGCUGACAAUGGCCAGUACCGUUGUUAUUUUAAAGAUGGUCCCAUCUCCCAGGAGGCCACUGUGGAGCUGCACGUUAUAGGCUUGGGCUCUGCCCCUCACAUUCACAUGACGGGGCCUGAGGAUGGCGGGAUUCAAGUGCUGUGUUCCUCAGGCGGCUGGUUCCCAAAACCCAGGCUGCAGUGGAGUGACACUGGGGGAGUGAAGCUCCCAUCCCUCUCUGAGUCUCAGACCCAGGAUGGAGAUGGGCUCUUCUACAUGGAGGCAUCACUUGUGGUCACAGACAGUUCUCUGGGCAAUGUGACCUGCUCCAUCCAGAAUCCCCUCUCUGGGCAGGAGAAAGUGGCCACCAUCUUCCUCCCAGAGCCCUUCUUCCCCAAGAUGUGUCCGUGGAAGGCAGCCCUGGCUGGAACACUCCCUGUGCUGGCGCUCCUCCUCACUGGGAUCAGCUACACUGGCUGGCGAGAACAUCAAGCCAAAGAGAGAGAAGUGGAGAAGAGGAAGAAAGAAUCUCAAGAAAGAGAUCAGAUGAAGAGUGAAAAAGAAAAGGCACUUAAUGACAAUGCAAAUCUCACAGCAGAGCUCGGAAGGAGAAAGAAGCUGUACGCAGCAGAUUGGAAGAAGGCCCUGCUAUAUCCUGACUGGAGGAAGGAGCAGUUCGAGCUUGCCCCUGUGACUCUGAAUCAUAAACAUUUUUGCCAGAACAAUUCUGACCCAGAGAGAAAAGAGAACUUGGGAGAGGAAACACAGGAUCUCUGUCUUAGCAAAAACCAAGGAGACCAAAACCUUAUCAUGCUUAAUACGGAAGGCUUCACUUCACGGAGAUACUAUUGGGAGGUGGACAUUGAGGACACCUGUGACUGGACUCUAGGCAUUUAUGAAAAGCCCAAAGACAGCAGUGGAUUACUCCAAGACCCACGAAGGGAGAAAUUCAGAGUCUUGGAGAAGCAGGGAUGUGAAUACAGGGCUCUCACCUGUUGCCUCCAAGACAUUUCUCUAGAAGAGCCUCUCCAGAUAGAAGUGUGUCCAAAAAAGAUUGUGAUUUUCUUGGAUUAUGAAGAUAAUGACAUUUCUUUCUACAACAUGACUGAUGGUGCCCAUAUUUUUUCCUUCACCCAGGCUGGAUUCUCUGGGUCACUGUAUCCUUACUUCAAACUGAAGUCCAUGGAGCUUUCUCCAUCUGCUCAAUAGUGAACAACUUAGAGGAAAAUCCUAGACCAUGGAGGCAGGAGCCCAUGAAUGCUCCGAGAGCACUGCUGGGACUCCAGUCCUGUUGGCCAGCCUCAAGCCCACUGAUUUUGAGGCCUCUUUGCCUAAGGCCUUGUAAGUCUGCAUGACCGGAGCUUCUGACCACAUCAAGCAGUGUUUCUUAAACAAUCUGCAGAGAAGAGUCAUUUUUGGUUAUUGUUAUAAGUAUAUUAUUUCUUGAUUUAUAUAUAAUAUAUCACAGACUGAUCAUUUUCUAAAAUAAAUUACUGAAAAAUGAAGUGAAUAAAAAACAAAAAUGCAAAGAUGCAAGUGGUAAUUAUUAGUAGAUUCAAUGUACCUAAAUUUAAUCUGUCAAUUUGCUCUAAAAGUUUUAUGAUACUUUGUGUCUGUAUUUGUCUCAUAAGCAGCCAGCAAAAACAGUUUAUACAGAGGCACUUGUUCGUGGACCCCACCUGAGUAGCUGUACUACUGCAGUAUUCAAAGAAUCAAAUUUUAUAUAAACCUCCUCACAUCUCUUAAUUUCAACACAGAAUAAAAAUGACAGAGUGCACUUGCAAAUGUUGAAGGGACAAGUUAAACUAUAAUUUUAUAACAAGCUAAUCUAUAUCUGAAAUGCAAGAAUAAUUUAAGGAAAGAAAAAGUAUCAGUCACAAUCUAAUUCCAAUGAAUGUAAUGAUGUCAACAUGUGGAAGGCAGGAAAAACAGAAUGAAGUCAGAGCAUGGUGAGCGCUAAGGUGCUUGCCUUGUUGAGGGAAGAGAGAGAUUGCCUUGUUUGAGAUAUUAACAAGGAAAGUGGCUACUUUGUACUUUUAGGAAUUCUCAGUGUGUCCACCCAUAGAAGUAAAGAAAGGCCUUUCUCCCUCUAAUCACACUACAUAUUACGUUCGAAUAGAAUGAAAUGGUCAGAGGAAACAGUACCCCAUGUUCAGAUGGGUGAGAAGAGAAUGUGCUCUCACCAACCAGACUGGGAAACUUACAAAUUCUGUGGGCACAGGGUAGAGGACCCAGAGAAGUCUUGUCCCAGGAACAGGGAAUAAUUAUUGGCACUGGACUAAAAAUUGAUCUGAUACCAAUUAACAAAUCUUAAAAGCAAGACUCAGAAGGGUCAAGUUGCUUGCAAGAAUCUUUACCUUCAUCCCAGAAAAAGCUCAAAUUCACAGUGUCUGACAUCCAAUAAAAAAUUACCAAGAGUGGAAAGAAUCAGGAAAAUACAACUCAUAAUUAACAGAAAAUCAAUAAAUUAAAAUUAACACAGAACUGAUGUAGGUGUUAAAAGACAAGGACAUUGCAACAGAAGCUAUAACUGUAUUUCAGAUGUUCAAAAGGUCCCUAGAGCUAUGCAUUUAGAAGAAAGACCCAAACUGAGCUUCUGGAAAGAGGAACAGCAGCAUGUGAGAUAAAAACUACAUUGGAUAGGAUUAACGGCAGGCAAGCCAUUAUAAAAGUAAAUUAUUAGUGAACUUGAAGACAUACAAAUAAA